AUGGCAAGUUCUGACAAGCAAGAGAUUCAACAACUCAAGGAGAAACUAAAUAUUGAAUUUGAGAUGAAGGAUCUUCACAAUGCGAAGAUGAUACUUGGUAUAGAUAUCUUGAGAGACCGGAGGAAAGGUGAAUUAUUCUUAUCUCAGCAUGAUUAUUUGAAGAAAGUGGUGGAGCGGUUUAGAAUGACAGAUUCUAACGUAGUGAAUACACCACUUGGUCACCAUUCAAAGUUGUCAAUAAAACAAUGUCCUCAAUCCGAGAAUGAGAGAAAGAAGAUGGAGAGUACUCCCUAUGCAAGUGGGGUUGGAAGCAUCAUGUAUGACAUGGUUUGUAGUAGACCGGAUUUAUCCUAUGCAAUAAGUGUUGUAAGUCGGUUUAUGGCAAAUCCGCGCCAAGUUCAUUGGCAAGCUUUGAAGUGGGUUCUGAGGUAUUUGAAUGGUUCCUUGAAGGGUGGUCUGAAGUAUACAAGAACUGAUCCAGGAAGAGAUGCUUUUGAUGGAUAUAUGGAUGCAUAUUAUGCAGGUAAUAUAGACACUAGAAAAUCCUUGUCGGGUUUUGUGUUUACAUUGUUCGGUACAACGGUAACGUGGAAGGCCAAUCAACAAUCUGUUGUAGCCUUGUCAACAACUCAAGCAGAAUACAUAGCCCUUAUUGAAGAGGUCAAGGAAGCCAUAUGGCUGAAGGGUAUGAUUGGAGAAAUGGAUUAG